CUAUAGGUUACGGUUUUCAUUUUGAUUGAAAAUUUGUGAAUCAUUGAAGACUAUCAGAAGCUGUGGGGAAAACCUUUUCAAUUUUUCAAGAGAUAGAUAACAAUGUCUUCGCUUGCUGCUGCCAGAGCUGACAACUUUUACUAUCCCCCGGAAUGGGACCCAAGUCAGGGUUCACUGAACAAGUUUCAUGGCCAACAUGCCUUGCGGGAGAGGGCAAGAAAGUUAGAUCAGGGUAUCCUGAUUAUAAGGUUUGAGAUGCCUUUUAAUAUAUGGUGUGGAGGAUGCAAUUCGAUGAUUGCCAAGGGUGUCCGGUUCAAUGCUGAGAAAAAACAAGUUGGAAAUUAUUACUCAACAAAGAUAUGGAGCUUUACCAUGAAGUCUGCAUGCUGUAAACAUGAGAUUGUCAUUCAGACUGAUCCUAAGAACUGUGAAUAUGUCAUUAUUAGCGGGGCCCAGAAAAAAACUGAGGAUUUUGAUGUUGAGGAUGCAGAAACUUUUGAAUUACCUGCCGAUGAAGAGAGGGGGAAGCUUGCAGAUCCAUUUUACCGCCUUGAACACCAGGAAGAAGAUUUGAAAAAAAAGAAGGAAGCUGAACCAGUGCUUGUGCGUCUCCAAAGGCUAUCCGAUACCAGGCAUUUAGAUGACUAUGCUCUCAAUAAGAAUCUCCGGGCCCGGCUUAGAAGUCAAAAGAAAAGAGUUGCUGAAGAAGAGAAUGCUUCCAGGAAAAGAGGCCUUGGCAUACGACUACUUCCAGCUACAGAACAAGAUGUUGCCACUGCAAAACAAGUCAAGUUUUCAAGUAAAUUUGACCAGAAUAGGAAGGACAAGCGGGCAUUGAUCAAUGCAUCCUCCAUCUUCCCUGGAUUGUCUAGUUCUUCCAUUUCUGAUAAGAGAAGACUAGAACUAGAGUCUAAAAGAAGAAAAGUUUCUGCAACUGCAGCAUCCAACCUUCUAGCUGGUGGAUUUAAGCCUUCGUCAUGGUCACAGGGUGCUCUUUCUUCAAGCAGGCAAAAGGGAGCAUCAAUGAAGGUAAGACGUUAGGAAGCUGAAACAUGUCUGUGAAUUUGGUCAACAGUGGUUAUUUUGACUUAGACCUUGCCAAUUGGCAUUGACGCUGUACAUAGAAGUUGCUUGCAGUGAUAGUUAUUGUGUGUUCCGUUGUAAACUGUUUAAAAAUUGUAAACACAGUAUAACUAAGUCUAAAUAAACUUUAAAAU